CAUGUCACAUCUUUUACCAAAACAUGGGCAACGUGCAGCUCCCAGCGUAGAAAAUAAUGUUGAAAAUAUAAAUCUAAACUCAAUUUCUUUUAUCGAAGUGUGAGAACGAAGCGCCAGAAUGGUGAAGGAGCAAUUCAGGGAGACAGACGUGGCCAAAAAGAUAAGCCACAUCUGUUUUGGGAUGAAGUCGGCGGAGCAGAUGAGGCAGCAGGCUCACAUUCAGGUGGUCAGUAAAAACCUGUACAGCCAAGACCCGAGACGCACUCCUCUGGCCCACGGAGUCCUGGACCACCGCAUGGGCACCAGUGAGAAGGACCGUCCCUGUUUAACUUGUGGAAAAAAUCUGGCCGACUGUUUGGGACAUUAUGGAUACCUGGAUUUGGAGUUACCUUGUUUUCACGUUGGAUAUUUCAAAGCCAUUAUUGGAAUCUUGCAGAUGAUUUGUAAAACGUGCUCGAGGAUCAUGCUGUCAAAGGAGGAGAAGCUGCAGUUUCUGGAUUAUCUGAAGAGACCAAACCUGGCCUAUCUCCAAAAACGAGGACUCAAGAAGAAGAUCUCAGACAAGUGCCGCAAAAAGACCAUCUGCCUCAGCUGUUCGGCCUACAACGGUCCAGUGAAGAAGUGUGGCCUCCUGAAGAUCAUUCAUGAGAAAUACAAGACGACCAAGAAGACCGUGGAUCCGUUCGUGUCCGAGUUCAUGCAGUCUUUUAACACGGCCAUCGAACACAACAAGAUCAUAGAGCCUCUCCUGACCAGAGCACAGGAGAACCUGAACCCUCUUUUGGUGCUGAGUCUGUUCCGGAGGAUUCCAGAGGAGGACAUUCCUUUGCUCCUCAUGAAUCCAAAGGCGGGAAAACCUUCAGACCUGAUCCUGACCCGGCUCCUGGUCCCUCCGCUCUGUAUCCGCCCGUCUGUCGUCAGCGACCUCAAGUCUGGAACCAACGAAGACGACCUCACCAUGAAGCUCACGGAGAUCAUCUUCCUCAACGACGUCAUCAAGAAGCAUCGUGUGACGGGCGCAAAGACUCAGAUGAUCAUGGAGGACUGGGACUUCCUUCAGCUUCAGUGUGCGCUCUAUAUAAACUCUGAGCUCUCUGGGAUCCCUCUGAACAUGGCCCCAAAGAAGUGGACCAGAGGAUUUGUGCAGAGACUGAAGGGGAAACAAGGUCGAUUCAGAGGUAACCUGUCCGGGAAGAGAGUGGACUUUUCAGGCAGAACUGUCAUCUCUCCAGACCCCAACCUGAGGAUCGAUGAGGUGGCUGUCCCGGUGCACGUGGCCAAGAUCCUCACUUACCCCGAGAAGGUGAACAAAGCCAAUCUGGAGUUAAUGAGGAAGCUGGUUCGUAAUGGCCCUGAUGUUCACCCAGGAGCAAACUUCAUUCAAAAUCGCUCCACGCAAAUGAAACGAUUUUUGAAAUAUGGAAACCGUGAAAAGAUCGCGCAGGAGCUGAGGUUCGGGGACGUGGUGGAGCGACAUCUGAUUGACGGGGACAUUGUUCUGUUCAAUCGUCAGCCUUCUCUGCACAAACUCAGCAUCAUGGCCCAUAUUGCGCGGGUCAAGCCUCACCGGACCUUUCGUUUUAAUGAGUGUGUGUGCACGCCCUACAACGCCGACUUCGAUGGAGACGAGAUGAACCUGCACCUGCCCCAGACUGAGGAGGCCAAAGCAGAGGCCCUGGUGCUCAUGGGGACAAAAGCCAACCUCGUCACUCCCAGAAACGGGGAACCUCUGAUCGCCGCCAUCCAGGACUUUCUGACAGGGGCCUACCUCUUGACUUUUAAGGACACGUUCUUCGACAGAUCAAAAGUUUGUCAGAUCGUGGCGUCCAUCCUCGUCGGAAAAGAUCAGAAAGUCUGCAUCACUUUGCCCAGACCAGCAAUUAUGAAGCCGAUGGCUUUAUGGACCGGGAAACAGAUCUUCAGCCUCAUUUUGAAACCAGGAAACGACUGCCCGGUUAAAGCCAAUCUGAGGACCAAAGGGAAGCAGUACUGCGGCAAAGGGGAGGAUCUGUGCCACAACGACUCAUUCGUGGUGAUCCAUAACAGUGAGCUGAUGUGUGGGAGUCUGGACAAAGGAACUCUGGGAUCUGGCUCCAAAAACAACAUCUUCUACAUCCUCCUGAGAGAUUGGGGCCAGCUGGAAGCCGCCAACGCCAUGUCCCGCCUCGCACGCCUCGCUCCCGUAUUUCUGUCGAACAGAGGCUUCUCCAUCGGGAUUGGGGAUGUGACUCCGGGUCAGGGGCUGCUCAAGGCCAAACAGGACCUGCUGGACGACGGAUACACCAAAUGUGACGAGUACAUAGAAGCUCUGCACACCGGAAAACUGCAGCAACAGCCAGGAUGCACCGCCGAGGAGACGCUAGAGGCUCUGAUUCUGAGGGAGCUGUCCGUGAUCAGAGACCGAGCGGGGAGCGCCUGUCUGAGGGAACUGGACAAGAGCAACAGCCCCCUGACCAUGGCCCUGUGUGGAUCCAAAGGAUCCUUCAUUAAUAUCUCGCAGAUGAUCGCGUGUGUGGGGCAGCAGGCCAUAAGUGGGUCCCGAGUACCUGACGGCUUUGAGAACCGCUCUCUCCCUCAUUUCGAAAAGCACUCGAAACUUCCAGCCGCUAAAGGUUUCGUGGCCAAUAGUUUCUACUCCGGACUGACCCCGACUGAGUUUUUCUUCCACACGAUGGCCGGACGAGAGGGUCUGGUGGACACAGCUGUGAAGACGGCGGAGACCGGGUACAUGCAGCGUCGUUUGGUGAAGUCUCUUGAAGACCUGUGCUCUCAGUAUGACCUGACUGUGCGCAGCUCCACUGGGGACAUCAUUCAGUUCAUUUACGGAGGAGACGGACUCGACCCCGCGGACAUGGAGGGGAAAGAUGAACCUCUGGAGUUUAAACGCGUCCUGGACAACAUCAGAGCCGUGCACUCGUGCCACAGCGAACCCGCCCUGAGUCAGAACGAGCUCGUCCUCACCGCCGACGCCAUCAUGAAGAGAGAGGACUUCCUGUGCUGCAGAGACGGCUUCCUGGAGGAAAUCAAAAAGUUUAUCAAAAGUACGUCGGAACGAAUCAAAAAGACCAGAGACAAGUACGGCAUCAAUGACAACGGGACCACCGAGCCCAAAGUUCUGUACCAACUGGAUCGAAUUACGCCGACGCAGCUGGAGAAGUUCUUGGAGACCUGCCGAGACAAGUAUAUGAGAGCACAGAUGGAGCCUGGUUCUGCGGUGGGGGCCCUGUGUGCUCAGAGCAUCGGGGAGCCCGGCACACAGAUGACUCUAAAGACCUUUCACUUCGCCGGAGUCGCCUCCAUGAACAUCACACUGGGGGUUCCUCGCAUUAAAGAGAUCAUCAACGCUUCUAAAAACAUCAGUACACCGAUCAUCACAGCUCACCUCGACACUGACGACGACGCCGACUUCGCCCGAUUGGUGAAAGGAAGGAUCGAGAAAACUCUUCUUGGAGAGAUUUCAGAGUACAUUGAGGAGGUUUUUCUGCCUGACGAUUGCUUUAUUUUGGUGAAACUUUCUUUGGAGAGGAUCAGACUGUUACGACUAGAGGUGAAUGCAGAGACUGUGCGUUACUCCAUCUGUAUGUCGAAGCUGAGGGUGAAGCCUGCGGACAUCGCCGUGCACGGAGAAGCUGUGGUCUGCGUGUCUCCCAGAGAAAACAGCAAAAGCUCCAUGUACUACGUCCUACAGAGUCUGAAGGAGGAUCUGCCCAAGGUGGUGGUCCAAGGCAUCCCCGAAGUUGCCAGAGCUGUGAUUCACAUCGACGAGCAGAGCAGCAAAAAGAAGUACAAGCUGCUGGUGGAGGGGGAUAAUCUACGAGCUGUUAUGGCAACGCACGGAGUCAAAGGAAGUGGCACGACAUCCAACAACACCUACGAGGUGGAGAAGACUUUGGGGAUUGAAGCCGCGCGCUCCACCAUCAUCAAUGAGAUCCAGUACACGAUGGUGAAUCACGGGAUGAGCAUCGACCGCAGACACGUGAUGCUGCUCGCCGACCUCAUGUCCUACAAGGGGGAGAUUUUGGGCAUCACCAGAUUCGGUUUGGCCAAAAUGAAGGAGAGCGUGCUCAUGCUGGCGUCCUUUGAGAAAACCGCGGAUCACCUUUUCGACGCCGCCUACUUCGGCCAAAAGGACUCAGUCUGUGGCGUCUCUGAAUGCAUCAUCAUGGGCAUCCCAAUGAACAUCGGCACCGGACUGUUCAAACUCCUGCACAAAGCCGACAAGAACUCGUCUCCUCCACAGCGCCCCCUUCUGUUCGACAGCCCAGACUUCCACGUGUCUCUGCUCACGUAGCAGCUGCCAGCCUCACUGUACAGACUGAAAAAACUCACCGAAACAAAAUAUGAAAAACAUGAAUAUCUACAUCGGCCAAAUGACUUGAAAUCAGUAUAAAAGAGUAAAGAAUUUAUUAAUUUUUUGUUUAAAUUCAUUUGUAUUAAUAAUUUUAUUAUUUGACAGCACUAUUAAAACAAUGAGAGCACUGCAAAAAAAGUAAAAACAAAUUGCCCAUUUAAUAUUAAAGCAAUAGGAUGUAACUCUGCCCUAAAAUAUACAAAAAUAAGAGCAUGUUUUUUCAUUAUGUGUUACAAAUCUGACUCUUAUUUGGUCUCAGGGAAGGCUACAUAUGAGAGGUUGUUUCUGUGGAAAUUUAGUUUUUUUGGCAAUCUAUUGCCACUAUUUCAAUGGAGAAUAUUCCAAAGUGUGGUUUUAAUUUUCUAUUUCCAUGGAGACGUGCUGGUGACAGGUGCCACCUCCAGAAAGUUACAUACUAUGUCUUUAAUUUUGAAUUAAUCUAUAAUUCAUUUACAAACUUAAUCUUACUUUUUAUUUCAACUUCAUUUAUUCAACAUUCAUUUAUUUUCAUCAAAUUUAUCUUCCAAAAUUAGCACUUACAAAACCUUUAUCUAAUUAGAAGAACAUUUAUUUUGAUUUAAAUCAUAUUAAAACAGGACCAAAUUAACCAUCAUAAUUGUGCAUACCUACUAGUAUCAACUCAAUUUUGAUACUAAGGGAUGGACAUGAUUCUGAUUCCGAUACCACCGUGAUAAAAAAUACUUUCUUGUCUUUAGACAAUAGAAUGUGUUUUUCAACAUUAAAUCGAUGUACUUUCUUUUAUAUUACCGAGGCCACGUUUACACAAUGUUUUUAAUUCCGAAUGAAAUAGUUUGGAAUUAAAAUAUUACAUGUUUACAUGGACAUAAUAAUUCUGAAAUGAAGUUUACAUGGAAAACAUGUUAAAUCGUCUUUAUUUAAUUCUGCUCAGCAUAUUUUCGUCGACCAGAAGAAAACACACACUUCAGCUGCUACUGGCUUUUCUAUCAUCUCAGUUUGUCGUUACGCCACCGACACAAACACGAUCCAAACUUUUUUCGGCUGUCGUUCCGAUGAUAAUUGCGCAGCAGCUGGAGAAUUGUCUCAUCACGCUUUACGUCUGUCGGCUGAGGGGGAGAAGGAGGAAGAAGACAAACUGAGUGUGAGGCUGUUCUACCUCAGUCCACUCCCGCAUCCCGCUCACAAAUCCAAAAUACAAUGAAAGUCCGAUGCCAGGACUGGUGGAGCCGGAUCGUCGGGAUCGCGUCAGAAUGGCGACACAACGAGCACGCGCUGAACGACCGGGAUUAUUUUUAAGAAGAAUAAAUGUUUACUUGGCAGAUUCUUCAUUCUGACUUCGCAGCAUUAGGGAUUCGUUCGCUCGACAGUAGGCGGGUAAUUUUUUUUAAUUUAACCAAUCGCCGCUAUUUCGUUGUGAUGUGUCGUAAUGCGCCAAAUCCCGUAGGAAGAAGGACAAUAACGUCUUUCCCCUCGAUAAAAUUCACCGAACAUUCUCUUUGUUCCGGCUUUAAAUCCUCGAUCUCGGGAAUCGCACCACCAAUCGCAACACAGUAUAUAUGACUCUCCGCUGAUUGGCUGGUGCCCGAACUCGCAUUUCCGAGAUUUUUGCGAACCUUCUAGUGUAUCCAGAUUCCUGACCUAGUCGCUGGAGAGAAAUGAAAUUGAGCAGAGGCACUAAGUUUACAUGAUCGAAUCAAUCGGAAUAAAUUAAUUCGGCUUUAAAAUCGGCAUAAACCACCCACUAACUUCUAAAAUAAGUUUAAUUCCGAAUCAUCAUUUUCAUUAGGAAUUAAGUGUUUACAUGGUCUUUUUAAAGCGGAAUUCAUUUGUAUUCGGAAUUAAAAUUCUCAAGUAAACAUGGCAAGUGUAGUUUUAUAUCUGUGUAAUCCCGACAGUAUCGAUACCUGCUCUAAUUUUAGUUUUAGUAUUGAUUAGCAUCUGAUUUUUGACAUUUUUGACGACCCUAAUACAUAAAUUAUAAGUAAAUAAACUGAACUAAAACCACUCAGAAUGACAGAUUUCAAGUCACAACAUGCAGAUAUCUUGUUUUUGCAAUGGAUUUAAUUUGAAUUGGAAAACGCCAGCGUCUAACAGACUGUAAUAAUCACUUCUAACAGUUUAAUUACCCACAAGGCUUUUCACCGCUUCGUUUAGGCUCCAUUAGGGUUCCCUGAUAAAAGAUUAUGUCCGUACAAAAGCUCUGUUUGAAUUCAGGCGGAAAUUAUUAGCGUAAAAUAACGACGUCGGCCUUGUUUAAUUGUUUCGUUUUGCAUUUUCGGAUUCGCCUUUGACCUGUGAAAAAAAUGACUCCUUCAGACAUUUGCGGGAGACGUGUGUUUAUUUUGUUUUUGUGUAUUUAAUGUAAUAAAUUCUGAAUUAAAAGAGUUAUGUUUGUGUAUAUAAUGUCAUAUAAUCUGUGUAGUUAAAGAUGCACUUUGUAACUUUUCUGGUGUCAUCUGUCGUUUCCAUGGAGAUGCAUCGCUUUGCCUGGAAUGUUCUACAGUACAGCAUUAAACUUGUAUGAGCAGAAGAACACUUUACAAGUCAGAUCUGUGGAGAGGCAAGCCCGCUCACAGUAAGAAUGUAUGUUUUUAUGGCUAAAAUGAUAAAUAUAAUACUGAAUACAUGCAAGAUCGCAAAGUUUAAUGCCAUACUGCGGAACAUUUCAAGCAAAGCAAUAACUAUCCGUCGGAACAAGGCAGUGGUAGAUCCCCUAGAAGAAAA